CAAACUCACAUGUGUUUAACAUGGCGGCGUUGUCGAUAACAUCGUUCGCAAAAUACUUCUCAGAUGAGCCUAAAUCUUUAAACCGUGGCGAAAACCAUUACCAAUCUGGACACGUUCUAUCUUUUUGCUAUUGUGAUGGAAUUAUCAGAGGGUCAGUGCAAGCGAGCAUGAAAAGUACGACGUAUAAAGUCACAAUAUAUCUUCAAGAAAACGAAAUACGUUCCACAGAAUGCGAGUGCCCUCGUGGCGGUUCAAAGUGUAGUCACGCUGUAGCUCUGUUCCUUCAUGGCUACCACAACUUAAGUAGAACUGACAUCGAAUGUCAGUGGAAGAAACAAAAGGCAUCCGAGGUGGUUAAAACGGUAGAAGAUCUGUAUCCACCCAAAGAAACUAAAGUCCUAAAACGAAAAACUACAGAUGAGGACAGAGAAUGGCUACGGAACAAGCUGAAGAGAUACGGCGAGUUCACAGGAAUGUUAUGGCUUUUGAGCCCCGAACCUGACAAAGAGAAUCGUCUGCCGAUCUCCACAGUCGAAGAAAUCAUUUUAUCGAGAGAGUUUGUUGAAAGCGGACUUGAUACAAAUUUCUUGUUGGAAAAAUUGAAAGUAAGUGAGCAGCAAGUGAAAUCAGUCUGUGAGAUCACGAAAGAGCAACGUGAAUGUGGAGAGUGGCAUGUGGUGAGAAAAGGACGUUUGACUGCUAGCAAUUUUGGUCCAGUUCUUGAAGCAAAAAGAGUCACUCCUUCCCUUAUCAAGCGUGUUCUUGGAGAAUACGACAUCUCUCGAGUGCAGGCUGUUCGAUGGGGUGUCGUUAACGAGAAAGAAGGAAUAAAGGCCUUCACCAAAUUAACAAUGAAAGUAGUAAAGGAUUGUGGCCUUUGGCUACACAAGUCUGGUGUUUUGGGUGCAUCACCAGAUGGACUUGUUGAUGACAAUGCGAUCAUUGAAGUCAAAUGCCCUUACACACAUCGCAAUUCAACAAUUGAGGAGGCUGUUAAAGACCCUAAGUUCUGUUUAGUAAAGAGAGAUGCUGGCUAUUGUUUAAAACAAUCCCACCACUACUGGCAUCAAGUCCAGGGUCAGCUGUUUAUAACUGGGAAGCAAAUCUGUUACUUUGUGGUUUGGACAACAAUGCAAACUGUUGUGUUGGCAAUCCAGAAAGACUGCACAUGGGAACCAAAUCUUCUUUCACUUCAAGAAUUUUAUACAAUUCACAUGAUUCCUGCACUUGUUGAUGGUGGUCUUUAAAUUUUAAGACUUUGUUGUAAAAUUAA